AUGAUCGGGCUUGCCAAACUAAUUGCUGAUGUGGCUCCCAGUGCCAUCCGGGAGAAUGACAUCAAGAGCUACUUCGGUCGCAAGGUGGCCAUUGAUGCCUCCAUGAGCAUUUACCAGUUCCUCAUUGCUGUUCGUCAGGGUGGGGAUGUGCUGCAGAACGAGGAAGGGGAGACCACCAGCCACCUGAUGGGGAUGUUCUACCGUACCAUCCGCAUGAUGGAGAACGGCAUCAAGCCUGUCUAUGUCUUCGAUGGCAAACCACCACAGCUGAAGUCAGGUGAGCUGGCCAAACGAAGUGAGAGGCGCGCUGAGGCCGAGAAGCAGCUGCAGCAGGCCCAGGAGGCUGGGGUAGAGGAAGAGGUGGAAAAGUUCACCAAGCGGCUGGUGAAGGUCACCAAGCAACACAAUGAUGAGUGCAAACACCUGCUGAGUCUCAUGGGCAUCCCGUACCUCGAUGCACCCAGUGAGGCGGAGGCCAGCUGCGCUGCCCUGGUGAAGGCUGGCAAAGUCUAUGCUGCAGCCACGGAGGACAUGGACUGCCUCACCUUUGGCAGCCCCGUACUAAUGCGACAUCUGACUGCCAGUGAGGCCAAGAAGCUGCCCAUCCAGGAGUUCCACCUGAGCCGAGUCCUGCAGGAGCUGGGUCUGAACCAGGAGCAGUUUGUAGACCUGUGCAUCCUGCUGGGUAGUGACUACUGCGAGAGUAUCCGGGGCAUUGGGCCCAAGCGGGCCGUGGACCUCAUCCAGAAGCAUAAGAGCAUUGAGGAGAUUGUGCGGCGGCUGGAUCCCAACAAGUACCCUGUUCCAGAAAACUGGCUCCACAAGGAAGCUCAGCAGCUCUUCCUGGAGCCUGAGGUGCUGGACCCCGAGUCUGUGGAGCUGAAGUGGAGUGAGCCAAAUGAAGAGGAGUUGGUCAAAUUCAUGUGUGGGGAAAAGCAGUUUUCUGAGGAGCGAAUUCGCAGUGGGGUCAAGCGACUGAGUAAGAGCCGCCAGGGCAGCACCCAGGGCCGCCUAGAUGAUUUCUUCAAGGUGACCGGCUCACUCUCCUCAGCUAAGCGCAAGGAGCCAGAACCCAAGGGGCCUGCCAAGAAGAAAGCCAAGACUGGGGGAGCUGGGAAGUUCAAGAGGGGAAAAUAAAUGUGUCCUCCCCUCCAUUGUCCCCGGACCCGAUGUCUGCUUCAUACCCUCAGUGUUCACUCCUCUUCUGGAAGAGAGGCUGCUUCUUCCCCAGAACUGCCUUCAGAGCCUCCCCUUGAUGUUGCGGCAGGAAGGACAGCUUUGCUUGUCCUCAUUUUUAGCUCAGGAAUGAUGUCAGGCUCAAACCACUUCUCAGGCAGGCUAUCGGACACUGCACCCAUUGUGCUGUGAAACUGAAAGCAGCACAUUUGAAAGAAGCAGAUAAAGAUGGUCUGGGUGGGAGUGUGGGAGAGGAUUCCCUGGCUGGCUGCUGUGGGUGGGGUGACUGUAGACCUUGACUGUUCUUCAGCCCCCAGCCCAGGCUUAGCUGAUGGAAGGAGGAGCUGUGAGGAGAAGGGGCAAGCAGCUAGGCGUCGGCUGACAGCGGCCUCGAUUUCUGACUGCCUGUGUCUUGUGGGUCUCCAGUGCUUUUUCAGGGGAGGGAAGAGGCAAUGUUGUAGAUUUGGGUUUGUAGUUUUGUUUUUGUCCCGUUCCUCUCCAGUGCUGGGAACUGAACCCAGGGCAAGGCAAGCAAGCAAGCAUACCACUGACUGUAGCCCUGAGGGACACUGUUCUGAUGGCCUUUCUGAGGCAAUCAAUUGAAUUGAGGUUUUGGGAGAAGCAGCUAUUGUUCAUGUGCUAUUUCUAUUUUAAUAGAUGUGAAGAGAAAAAAAAUCAAUAAAAUUAUAAAAGUGACUGAC